AAACCUGGCUGGCUGCACCUUACAUGUGAUGAGGGAGACCCAUGUGGGUGCCACUGCCAAGGGGAAGACGUUGCAUACACAGAACACACAGCCACACUGAGCCAUGCCAGUAAAGAACUGCAGCUGCCAGGUACAGCAGACACAGUGCCUGCAGAUAAGGACAAGGCCUUGUUCAAAAAGCUGAAGUCGUGUCUAAACAAGGGGAAGGACCUACAGCUUUGUCAGAUGAAUGUAAGCAUGUGAUAAAGCAGGUCAAAAAACAUCCUGAGAAACAACUUGAAAGGCAAUACCAGUCUCUGAAACAUUGGCAAGACGGCUGGAUUCAGAGAUGAUGGUGGCAGCCAGCAGGAACACUGAGACAGGUCAGGCUAGAGACAAGAAAUGCAGUGAGCUGCCCUGUAUGGCUCCCCAGCUGAGGGAGAGAGGGUCCAAUACCUGACAUCUCACUGAGGCCACAUUCCAAGAGGAUCUACUUCAAGCCAAUGUGAGAAGCUACAGCCUUCUGUAGUCUGACAUGCAGACUGGUCAGAGCAGUAGAAAGUACUAUAUGUGAUAGAAUUUUUGGAAACAGACAUGAACAUAAUAGGAAAGAGUGCCCAUGGGGUGGUCUGUGGGGAAGUUAUGUCUCUGCUGGAGUUACCCCAAAGAAUUGGUGAGCAACAUGUAGUGGAGAGAACAUGCACCCUGCUCAGCUUUGCAGAGGCAUUCAGAAAUGUCCCUCACCAGCCUGAGGAAAUCCACCAGAGGUGACUGUGAGAGACCAACAUGGAUUGUUUUCAGCUGUGUGUUGUUGCAAGUGCCCCCAAAAAGGGGGAGGGAAAGGCAGAUGGCAAAAUCAGCUGAUAAUGAAGGUUCUUCAAGAUGGUGUUGCAGAUUGGCUGCUGCAGUUCACAGCACUGAGAGACUGACAACACAGCUGAAGCUGAAUGGAGCAGAGGAAGGUGGUGCACGGGAAAAGGUGUCUUGAAGUGCUGGGCUGUGUGUGAGCACUCCAGAAGCGCUCUGGGGAGCAGUGCCUCAGCUUUGUGCUCAGUACAUGAUGGUUCAAAAUGCAAACAGGAUAUGGGAUGUUUCUGGCCAAGAUGAAGGAACCAAAACUGAGACUGCUGGGGCCCUGAAGAUGCCAGAAGAUUUUAAUGGAUGUAGACAGUCUCCCCUGGGACCUCCAUCCCCACCUUCAGCCAGGUGUCAGUGUUGAUUAAGAGAUGAGGGUUUUGCAGCCUGAGAAGGAAAAGCCUGAUAGAAAGAGGGGGCAAGAGAGAUGCCCCUGCUGAUAGUGUCACCAGGUAGGGACUUUAGUCAUCUGUGAAGCAGAGUGAAAUUGAAAUCAGCCACCUCCUCAACACCCACUAAAUUACUCUCUUGUACUAGGACAUUUUACCCCACCCCCAAGCUCACAGGCAGGUCAAAACAAGUGAUGCUAUUUCAACUAGUCUGACAUACUCAUGGGAUUGAGCAAGAGGUGGGGACCGUGAGUGAUGAGCUGUUGAGUUGGGAAUCCUGAUUUAGCAGUGAGCUUUAUGCCUUAGUAAUACCUGCUUGCUGCAGGCAGCCUCUGCUUUCUGUGCCCACCAUCUUGACCAGAAUGGGAGUGUCAGAGGGGUUCUGGCACCAUGAAUACUGGCUGCCACCUGGAGCUAUCUGGGAAGAUUUGAAGGAGUCUGCAGACGUACACUACCCGCAGCCUCAGCACCUCCUGCUCUGCAUCCCUGGUGCCCUGCUAUUGAUCUUUGUCCGAUUCAUCUUUGAAAGGACCGUGGCUCUGCCCUUGGGAAGGGCAUUGGGGGUGAGUGACAAGCAGAGGCCCAAAGUUCAGACCAAUGUCACGCUGGAAGGCUUCUACAUUCUGCUGGGCAAAACCCCAAAGAAGGAGGAGCUGGUUUCACUGGCCAAGAAAAGUGACCUGCCGGUCAGAAAUGUGGAGACCUGGUUCAGGCACCGGCGGGCCCAGGACCACCCCAGGCUGAUGAAGAAGUUCUGUGAGGCCAGUUGGAGAUUUACUUUCUAUUUCACCUCAUUCUUCUCUGGACUGGCUCUUCUGUAUGACGCUCUGGAUUCUUACUGCUGCCUUCUCUAUACACAGAAGCCCUGGUUUUGGGACCACACCGUGUGCUGGUUGAAAUUUCCACAACAGCCUCUAUCACCCGUAUUGGGCUCGUUCUACCUCCUGGAGCUCUCCUUCUACUGCUCACUGGUGGCCACCCUGCCCUUUGAUGUGAAGAGGAAGGACUUUAAGGAACAGAUUAUCCACCACAUCGCCACCAUCACUCUGAUCUUUGUCUCCUACUGUGCCAAUAUGAUUCGGUUUGGGAUGAUAGUCAUGCUAGUCCAUGAUGCCUCUGAUUAUAUUUUAGAGCUUGCCAAGAUACUCCAUUACCUGAAAUGGAAGCGGGUCUGUGAAACAGUAUUCAAUGUUUUUGCUGUGGUUUUCAUCAUCUCCCGGCUUGUCAUUUUCCCAUUAACCGUUUAUUAUUACUUUGUGACAAAAGUUUCGUUGUUCCCCAUAAGCUGUCUCAUAAGUGCUUUCCUGAUGAUCCUGCAGUUGUUACACGUUUUCUGGUCCUAUGUGAUCAUCCAGAUGAUCUUCAAUGUCAUCCUCCGUGGUGAGGAAAGCAGGAGAGAAGCAGGACUGCCCCACAAAGCCCAGGAGCUUCUUAAGGCAUACGCUGGGAGUUGUAUGGAUAACGAAGAUCAGAGCAGGAGCUCACUUCUAGCUUGCAGCUGUGUUCUAGUGACAUGGGAGCCAUCCACAGACCUGUCUCCUCACUGCCUAAUCGCUUCUCAAAAAGACAAGAUGCCAGAAGUGACACUGAAGAGAGUGACAGGAGCGAAGGAGAGGAUCUGGCAAAGAACAAAGAAUAACACAGGGCUUGCUGCAAAACACCAAGAUCCAGGCAGUCUUUGAAUGUGGGAAGGCUGAACAAGAGCUAGGGGAGAAGCUGGACAGGGCUUCACUGCAGUCUGCCUGAAUCAGCAUCCAAUGCCUAGGUGGAGGUGAAUUUCAUCACAUCUAUAGGCAGUUAAGUCUCUUCAGGAGUUUUUUCUAUAAUUCUUCUGUUAGGAUUCUUUUACUACUACUCUAUAAUCACUUAUCCAGAAAUAAAGGGUGUACCAGCCGAAGUCCCACUGUAUAAGGAGAAGAGGGGUUGAACAAGCGGCUAAAGUUAUGACUCCCAUCUGUGAUUAUCUCAAAGCCUUCCCAAAAGGUUCAUGAGACAAUAAAUUAAACUGUGGAAGAUUUAACCAAUUUGCAGUUUCAGAAGACAGGAGCAGUCAUCGCCAGCCACCUGAUGAAAGGACUUGCAUGUGAAAGGCACUGGCUUAAAUGGCAAAUAAGUUUUCACUUUGGUAGUAUAAAAUGGUCAGGCUCUGGGAUAAACCACUUCUGCAGCUAAGGCCUGGCCAAAUGAUACAAGCUGUAUUUGCUGUAUGAAUUCUACAAAAUAGCUCUAAUGUCUAAAAGAUUUCACUUACUGAAUGUCUACUCUGGGAGAAGUCUCCUAAAACUGAAAGGAACUGAAUUCUUCCAAAUGCACAAUUUUCCACCAGAAAUGAUACAUACUAAAUGGAAGCUUUCCAUAUGGAUGUA